AUGGUGGGAGGCUGCGUGCCAGGCCGGGCCCUUUCCACCUCACGCCCUUACUACUGUUCUGGUCACGUUUUUUCUGUUCACCAUCUCCUAUUUACACCGUCACCACAGGUGGCCAAGAACUCGAGAGUCCUCCUUGUUGAACCCUUCUGGCCAAGGUGGCUUCUGUCAGGCCAAAGAAGAAAAAAGAUGUGAAGGGCAUCUGCUUUCCUGUUCUGGGAGUUGUUUCUGUUUUGUUUUGUUUGGAAAGUGGUUUGUUUUUUGUUUUUUUUAAUUGAAGAUAACAAAAAGGUGACCGGCUGCCUUGAGGUACAGCAGUAGCUCUGUGGGAUUUCUCUAUCUCCAUCUAAACCCUUUGUUUUGAGCCUCUCUGUUUUUCUUCCUGCCCAUGUUUUAUAAUUAUCAGUAUCCAAAGUUCAGCUUGGCCUUGGUUUAGCUGCUUCCCUCGCAGGAAGGGAAGUGAGCUCUGCCUUUGAUGAAGCUAUAUAAAAGCAUUUUGCAGCCUUUAAAAGCAUAUUCUCCUCCAUGAGCCUAGAAACAUCACAACAGCAAGGCUCUGGGGCACAUCCAAAGGCUUGCAGGUGAGCAGACUACCUGCCUUGUGAUGGGUGAAAGAAUUUCCUGGUAAAUUGAUUAAAUACACAGAACUAUCAGAUGCUCUGCAUAACCUGUAAAAUAUGUUUUUGGGGGUAGGAUGUGAUGGAUCAUUACAAAUAGCCUUGUAAAAAGGGUUACACAGGAUUUUAACUCCCUUCAGAUCGUUAAAAUUCAUGAGUCUGGUAUGUUUGGUGGCCAGCCUGGAGGAAGGAUUAAUAUUGAGACUUGUUCAUAUUUUCAAGUAUCUUCUCUGUAUUUAUUUGUGGUAGCUGUUGCACAGGUGACUCUCUUAAUGCUAUUUACGCACAUAAAAACUGUGUGUGAAUUGGGAUUUAAGCGAAAAAAAUACACCAAACAAAACUACAUCAGUAACAAUUUGUUCAUUUAACAGGACAGUUCCCUUUAUGCAUCUGGAGGGUAGGUAAACAGCACUGAUACAGCCUCUUUUGCCCUAUUUCUCCCUGUUUUCUCCUUGUUUUCUCUGUUUUCUCCCUGAUUCUGAAUUUAGUUUUCAGUAUAGCAAUAAAUAUUUACAAGGCAUGAUAGCUGGCUUGACAGGAACUGCAACAAAAUGAUUUCCUGGGCAGAGGCUUUUUCAGCUUUUGCCAGUCCCUCAUCAUCUGUGCUUUCACAUCUUUACCAGUAAGGGCAACAACACGCUAUGAUUAAAACAUCUGAAGCAGUGGCUGUUCUUCUGCUCCUCAAACCUCCUUCGAGGACACGGUUUGUGCAGGAAUCGUGGAAAUUCGACAACAAAAAAAGGCACUGCAGAGCCCAGAGCCCGCUGCCGGAGCUUUGUGAGCACCGAGUCCCGCCUGGUAACAGUUGCUACGCCUCCGGGCUGAAAGGGGUCACCUCAUACCAGCCUCCCUCAUCAUCUGCCUGCAUCACCCACCCGCCACCGAGCUCUCAGCAUGUGCGAGACUGAAUCUGAAGGCAAAAGCUUCAUAUAAUACAAAACACCAGACGGUGAUCUGUCUCCCUUCUCUGGCUUGCGUGUUGUCUGUAGCAACAAGAAGCGUUGCGCCUGCGAGCAAGAGAUCUCUCUGGAGCUGAGUCCUGGCGUUUUCGUGAGUGUGUUAGGGAAAGAUCCUAGAACACCACGAUGAUUAGAAGUCCGGAUCUGGAAUCCUUUGUUUGUUGCGCUGUAUGUUCAAAAAUAAUACCACCGCCGCCUUCCAAUGCCACUUUUGAUCGGAUCCGGGAGUAUAAGCCCUUCAGGACACGGUAUUACACUCAUCGUGAUAUACUGGAGAUUGGAGCGAGCAUUCAACAGGAGCAGCAUGAAAGGAAGGAAACAGAGAUACAAGAGCGCAUCGAAAAAAUGAAAGCUGAACUUUGGUCUCAGGCUGAAAUGCACAAAGAAGAUGCAGUGGAUAAAGCUCUCAAAGAGGCAGCCGCUAACCACAAUACAUUUGUACAAGACCUUAAACAAAAACUUGGAAAGGAAAUAAGGGAAGCGGUGAGGAAGGCCAAGGCAGAGAUGCAGCAGUACAUGGAGGAGCAGCAGAGGAGGGAGGCCGAAGCUGCAGAGCAGCGCAUGGCGCACAGGCUGCGGUGUGCCCUGAUGGAGUGCGCGCAGGAGAAGAUUCAAGCGGUGGCAGAAGCCAGAAAGCAGGAGCGGGAGGCGGCACUGAACGAAGCAGCCAGGCAGCACAGAAAGCACCUAGAGCAACUCAAAGAAGAAAGCCUGUUAGCUGAGGCACUGUAUCGUAAGAGAAUAGAUCAAUUAAACAAAGAAAAAUGUAAUGAGAUUAAUAUUGCCCUGAGCAUCAAACAAAAAGAGAAUCAGAUUGAGAUUGAAAAGCAGCUCAAAGAAGCAGAGAUCCUACAUCUUGAUGAGCUGGAAAAAGUGAUGGCUACUCUGAAAGCAGCAGAAGAACAGGUAAAGAUUCUCAUGCAAAAGCUGGAAAAGAUGACAGCGUGGAAGGACAGCCUGGAAAAUGAAAUACAAGCAACAAGAGAAGCUUUUCAAAAGUAUAUUGAUGCCACAUUUCCUGACUUGUCCCCUGGACAAGCGGAUUUUAUUCUGCCUUUCAGAACAACGUUGGAGCAGAGGGACACCCUAGAAGAAACAGAGGGAAGUGACAAGGAAUGUGAGAGAAGGAGUACUGGAAGUGUGAGAUUCACAGCCAUGGGUAAACAGAACUUCAAGUAGGUGAUGCUGAAAAAUAAAGUCAUGUCAG